UGUCUUUGAUUGAUUCUUCUUCCUCCCAAAACACACACAUUCUUCUCCAAUUGGCUCUUCUCGCCAUGUGAAUCCAAACCCUAAAGCUUCAAACUUUCUUCAAAAUCCCUACUCUUUUCUCUAUCUUCAACCUUCUUCAAGAACACAAUCUCCAAACACAAAAAGUUUAAUCCUUUUUAGCAUUGAUCUUGUGGGUUUUCUUCGUUUUUCGAUUUGGGUUUUAGGGUUCUUGAUUUCACAAAAAAUGGUGUUCACAAAAUCAUUACUUGUUCUUCUUUUGUUCCUCUCUUGUUACACUACUACUUCAUCUGCUUUGUUUACUCCGCCAGACAAUUACUUGAUUUCUUGUGGCUCAUCACAAAACAUAACUUUCCAAAACAGAAUCUUUGUUCCAGAUUCACUCCACUCUUCUCUUAUACUCAAAAUCGGAAACUCUUCUGUUGCAACAUCAUCAACUACUUCCAAUUCAACCAAUUCCAUCUACCAAACCGCUCGUGUUUUCUCCGGUUUAGCUUCUUACAGAUUCAAAAUCACUUCUUUAGGUCGACAUUGGAUCCGUCUUCAUUUCUCACCAAUCAAGAACUCUACUUGGAACUUAACCUCUGCUUCAAUCACUGUCGUAACUGACGACUUCGUGCUCUUGAACAACUUCUCUUUCAACAACUUCAACGGCUCUUACAUCUUCAAAGAGUACACUGUCAAUGUCACUUCAGAGUUCUUGACUUUAAGUUUCAUUCCUUCAAACAAUUCGGUGGUCUUUGUCAACGCUAUUGAAGUUGUCUCUGUUCCGGAUAAUCUUAUCCCUGAUCAAGCUUUGGCUCUUAACCCUUCAACACCAUUUAGUGGUCUCUCUCAGCUUGCGUUUGAAACAGUCUAUAGAUUAAACAUGGGAGGACCAUUGUUGACUUCUCAAAACGAUACAUUGGGGAGACAAUGGGAUAAUGAUGCAGAGUAUCUUCAUGUCAAUAGCUCUGUUCUUGUUGUAACGGCGAAUCCUUCUUCGAUUAAGUACUCUCCUUCUGUGACUCAAGAAACAGCUCCAAAUAUGGUUUAUGCUACUGCUGAUACAAUGGGUGAGGCUAAUGUUGCAAGUCCAAGUUUUAAUGUUACUUGGGUUCUUCCUGUUGAUCCAGAGUUCAGGUACUUUGUUCGUGUUCAUUUCUGUGAUAUUGUGAGUCAAGCUUUGAACACGCUUGUUUUCAAUCUUUAUGUGAAUGAUGAUCUUGCUCUUGGAAGUCUUGAUCUCUCUACGUUGACUAAUGGUCUUAAAGUUCCUUACUUUAAGGAUUUUAUCUCCAAUGGUUCUGUUGAAUCUGCCGGUGUUUUAACCGUUAGUGUUGGACCUGAUUCGCAAGCUGAUAUCACGAAUGCGACUAUGAAUGGGUUAGAGGUUUUGAAGAUUAGUAAUGAAGCUAAGAGCUUAAGUGGUGUUUCUUCGGUUAAGUCACUUGUUCCUGGAGGAUCAGAUAAGGGAAAGAAGAAAGCAGUGAUCAUCGGUUCUGCGGUUGGUGCGGUUACUGUGGUUCUACUGAUUGCAGUUUGUUGCUAUUGCUGUUUGGCUGCUUCGAGGAAGAAGAGGUCGACGAGUCCUCAAGAAGGCGGUAAUGGACAUCCGUGGUUGCCAUUGCCUUUAUAUGGUCUCUCUCAGACUCUUACCAAAUCAACCGCUUCUCACAAGAGUGCCACAGCUAGUUGCAUUUCUUUAGCUUCUACGCAUCUUGGCCGUUGCUUUAUGUUUCAAGAAAUCAUGGAUGCUACUAAUAAAUUCGAUGAGGGCUCGUUGCUUGGUGUUGGCGGACCGGCUUUAAACCCGGUAUUACCGAGAGAACAAGUGAACAUAGCGGAAUGGGCAAUGGCGUGGCAGAAAAAGGGUCUACUCGAUCAAAUCAUGGACACUAACUUAACUGGGAAAGUGAAUCCAGCAUCACUGAAGAAAUUUGGCGAAACCGCAGAGAAAUGUUUAGCAGAAUACGGCGUGGACCGGCCUUCUAUGGGAGAUGUAUUGUGGAAUCUGGAGUACGCGUUACAGCUCGAAGAAACAUCUUCGGCUUUAAUGGAACCUGAUGACAAUAGCACAAACCACAUACCAGGGAUCCCAAUGGCGCCAAUGGAGCCGUUUGAUAACAGUAUGAGUAUAAUCGAUAGAGGAGGAGUAAAUUCGGGGACCGGGACUGAUGAUGAUGCGGAAGACGCGACUACUAGUGCUGUGUUUUCGCAGCUUGUUCAUCCUCGUGGAAGGUAGAAGAAGAAGAAAAACACAUUUGGUGAAACAAACAGAGACAGAACAUUGUUUGUUUUGAAAAAUUUACAGAAAGAAACAUAUUUAUUGAAGACUUUUGGGUUGGAAACAACAAAAUGAUUCAUUCAGAAUUUAUUUUCGAAUUUUUACGGUGUAUUUGUUUUGUAAUAUAGUGAGUACUGAUGU